CAAUAUCUAUGGCUAACUAUUGCCUGGCAGAACACAGAACAGCUUGGUUAGUUCGACCCGACUAGCGACUUGGCCAGAUACUUCUGUAGAAUUGCGACAGUACUUGGUCUGACGCUGAAGAGAGCCACGACAACACUGGUGCAUCUUUUCCUGAUUACCCAGCUCUUGCCCCUCAAUGGCCCAAUGUUCUUCAGCCAUCCAGGUGUCUCAAAUGGGUUUGAGACUUUGCGGAUGUUUUUACUUUCAUUUUUUACACACGUUACCAAAUUCAUGUGUAACUUUUGCAAACUCUUACUCCACAGACAUCAAGGUGCGUUCCUACUUUCAGUACAUUAAACAGAAGAUUAUAGCCCCACCCCGUCCUCCGUAUAAUCACGUGUGUCAGGUAGGAGAACCAGUGCUGCGAACGAGAGCUGAAGUAGUUGACCCUGCAGUUAUUAAAGGACCUGAGAUACAAAAAGUUAUAAAGACACUAGUCAAAGUUAUGCAUAAGUGUGACUGUGUUGGAAUUAGUGCUCCUCAAAUCGGGGUGCCACUAAGAAUCUUGGCCCUGGAGUAUCCUCAAAAAAUGUUGGAUGAGAGUUCGCCGCUGUCCAGGAAGGUUCGUGGACUCUCCGUCCAGCCAUUGAGAAUAUUUGUCAACCCCCACCUGAGGGUGCUGGAUUGGCAGGUGGUGCGCUUUCCUGAAGCCUGUGAGAGCAUCUGUGGCUUUUGUGCCACAGUUCCACGUUACCUUUCUGUGGAAGUAUCAGGUCUGAAUGAAAAAGGAGAAGAUAUAACCUGGCACUGCAGCGGUUGGCCAGCUAGGAUUCUCCAGCACGAGAUGGACCACUUGGAUGGGGUUCUUUACAUUGACCGUAUGGACAGCAAGACUUUCAUCAAUAUCAACUGGCAGGCAUACAAUGAAUAGAAAGGAGACCAAGUGUUUUUCUGUGUUUGUUGAUCUCGAUACUGUAGAUUUUUUUUCACUUCUUCUUGAAUUUGGGACAUUUCUGGGUCACCCGCUGUUGAUUUGGGGACAUUUAUGGGCCACUUCCUGUUCAUUUAUGGUUACAGAGCAGGAAAUGGCCCAGGGAUCUCCCCAAAUGAAUAGGUAGUGAACAAAACUCAACAUGAAGUGACCGAUAAAUGCCCUAAAAUUAACAGAAAGACAGUGACCUUUUUAAGGUGAUAUAUGGAUUCUUGGCAGAAACCUGCUGAUAACCUUUUGGGAUUAUCGUCACACCCUUACUCAACACUCUUAAAUAUAAAAUGCCACUAUUGUCAUCACUUUAGAAUAAAAUAAAGUCACCUGAUCUUAAAACCGCUCCAUCUACAUGUGCGUUACGUGUGUUGUCACGUCAGUACAGGGUUUAGUAGAUGGUAUGUUAAAGUUCUCUUUUUUUGUGGCACCUUAAAUCCAGAAAUGUGAAUAGGUACUGGCUAAGGUUGACAAAUAUUAGUACUAGACCUCUCUGACUACUCCCAUACUCACAGCAUUUUUAUUCAUACAUUCAUUUUCCAUGCCGCUUAUCUAUAUGCAGGUCGGAAGACCGAUUUGCACUUCAGGACCACUGCGGGCCUCCACCAGGCUUCGCCCUGCCCAGGCAUAGUUCACCAUCUUUCUGGUUGAGUUGCGUGUGCUCCAGUUCCUGGCACAGGUAACUCUCUGAACCCCGCUUGUGAUAGGGACUGGGGAUUGCAACUAUUUUCCACCAAUGAGGAAUUGCCAAUAAGCGAGGGACAUAAACCCGUCUAGAUUAAGUCCCUGACCGUCUCGCCCACCGCAUCAGGGAGGUGGAGCUGGAACGCACACGAUGGGACCUGAAAUAUUGUGAACUGUGCCUGGGCAGGGUCGAUUGCUGACCCCCAUCCCCAUGGUGGCGACGUCUCCUUCGAAUUUUUUUUUUUUUUUUUUUUUUCUUAAACCUGUCCUGUUCAGCUGUUUGACAUGGAAAAUGGAAGUCUUAGUGCCCGGUUGGUCUGAACAGUUUUAAUAUUUCACAUUGAGAGUAUGACAUACUCCCAUUGUGAUCAUUCACAUACUUGGUUUAUUAUGACAAAACAGCGAACAGGAAGGGGUUACGUGGGAACAGAAGAAACAGAAGAAAAACGCAAACAACAACAAGAAAUACAUUGAACGUCUACACUAACUACUAACAUGUUGUGCUAUCGUCAGAUGUA